UGAGUCACGCAUGCUAAAAACGUUUUAGCUAUCUAAGAUUGUUUGAUUGCUAACGUUAGCAAACGCCAUUCAAGUGACAGCCUUUGUUGUGCUUGAUUGCUUACUUACUUGCCAGCAGUGAACAAACUUCGUUAUAGGUCAAUAUUUAUUGAUAUUACAGAAGUCUCUCGCUAGCAGGCUACUUCAGCCUCUAAUCUAGAACUGACAUUAGAGAUCAUGCCGUGAAAAUGUGAUGCCUUACGCUAAAUAAUACAUUACUGCUGUGUAGGCUAAUGUCAUUAUUCUGUGGCUAACAGCACUGGUAGCAUAGACAGUAAAAGAAACUAGUCGCAAAGUAACGCAUGCGCGACUCACAUCGGGGAGUGACAGUGUUCUGAAUAGGCGGGAGUUUGUAUGUGUGUGCGUGUGUACAACUCUAGUAGCCUGCCUACAACUGUAUUAUUUUGAAGCCACUAGCGGUAGACUAGGAAAAUAGCUAUUCAAACAGUCAACGUAAACUCACUAUUCUGUUACGAAAUGUGGUAACAUCUGUUCAAUGGAGUCAGAGAGCCGACAAGAACUGACAGCGAAAUGUAAUGUUACGCCAAGACGAGGGGGAUUAACGUCUCGAAACACUCUGAGAAGGACACCAUGUUCUGGAGGAAGAAGAGUCAAUUCAAGUUUUAAAUCUCCUGUGCAGGGUGCGUCUGCCUCCCAGGCCUUGCCAGAGAGAGAGAUGGAGGAGCUGAAGAGGAAGAAAGAUGAGCUGGACUCCCAGAUCGCCCUCCUGCAGAAUGAAGGGAUGGACAUUCAGGAGCUGGAUCAGCAUAUUGACCUGCUGCAUGAGUACAACGAUAUCAAAGAUAUUGGACAGACGCUACUAGGACAACUGGCCACCCUGCGAGGAGUGACCACUCGGGACUUGUACAGCCUCUUCGACCUGGAGCUGGAGGACUGAGGGGGUGGUGGAUACCGCGGAGACAGAGGACACUCCGAGCGAUCGCCCACUCCAUUCCUUUCACCCAGAGAGAGAGAGAGAGGGGGGGUGGGGGAGGGGGUGGCAGCAUGGCCAAAUAAUCCUAGAAUUCCUUAGUGGGAAGUGGGAAUCCCUCUGGAACAGGAGAGGCGGGCCCUUUGCCCGGGUGGGCAUGGCAACAGUUCAGUAUUGUCACUCAAAGUUACCGUCAGGCUCUCAUGUUGUGCAUUAAGAAAAGUGGAAAUCUAUUUUUGUUUGUUUGUUUGUUUGGACAGUCAGUCAAUCAGAAAACUAGAUCAGAUGGGACAGUGGACUCGCAGGACAUAAUUCAGUUUGAGAUUGGGGUGAGUGGGAUGAGACUGAAGCUUCUGGACAUCCUCUUCAAGAUCAGUUUGAAAUGGUCAACUUUCUUUGGAGUGAGAGUGAAGCUUCUGGACAUCCUCUUGUGAUCAGUUUGAAAUGGUCAACUUUGACCCCCUGUUCCCAUCCUGGCCUUCCUCACAUUGUGCUUCAGUAGAGGAAGAGAGGAAGGAGUGUCGUUGCAUUAGAGAAUGUUUGAAGAGCGGCGCUGGGUUUUGGUCAGGGAGGGAGUUCGCCCGUUACCACUGUGUACAUAUGGACUCAUAGUUGUGCCUGCCCCACUCAGAAUUACUUGAGAUUAUCGUUGGGAGUUUUGACACAGAAUAAUUAUAAAAAUAAUAAUGUAUAUAGUUUUAUGUUCUAUCAAUAAACAGUGUGUUUUGUA